AUGGCAACGGGUGUUGUGCUACCUCUGGAAUCGCGAGUGAAAGAGUGGCACGAGCCUGAAUCAAACCUAUUGCUCUGUCAAACCCUAGCGGACUCGUCAAGCCGGCUUCCGGGCUCAAUGGCUCAGCCGCCAGCGCGAGACUCUCUUUCACAACAACCAAGUCUACCCUCCUUCAGUUCACUCCUGGCCGGGGCUGGCAAUCCCGCUUUGUUUGGCCAAUCCCCACAGGAACAGGUGAGAAGGGAACAGGCAUUGCCUGGCAGCACUCCUGCAAGCAGACAUACUGCUCAACCAAAUAUGUCCACGGCUUCCGAUGUGCAUCCGUCCACACCUGCUUUCGCCAUGGCCCAAUCCUCACCUUCCCAGUCUCAUCCCAUGAAUGGCCGCGCCUGGGCCUACCCAAACACAAGUCGAUCGGAAGUUCAUACAGCCACACCUGACCCUCGUGCAGCAAGUACCAGUCAUGGACCUGGUCGGGCGACCACGGAAGAAGAAUUGGUCGACCCGCCAGGUAGCUGUCAUGCCCAUGAGAAGGACUCCAUGUGUUCCAAGAACUCGGAUGGUGAUGGCCUCAGCUCCACGUGGAGCUCCUCGAGAUCAACGAACCUUAAAAAGCGCAAUGGCCAGGCUUGCGAUGGAUGCCGGGAGAGGAAGAUGAGAUGUGACUUUAAAUUCCCCAAAUGCACGAUGUGCAAGAGCAUCGACCGUGAAUGCACAUUUGGCUCAGCGCCACGUGCCACGAUGCGACAUUCAGCGUUUCCGAUGUCGAUGCCCUCAAUCUCGAGAUAUAAAAUCACCAAUCAGAACCCAGACAAUUAUCCAAAUCACAGAGGGUCAACGACUUCUGUGGACAUGGGCUCCCAGGAGCAUGCCUACUCGGCAUCCAUAUCAAGGUCCUCAAUGCCCCUAGACGACAUGCUCUAUGCCACCUCCGGCAAGCAGAUCAGCCACGAGGAUGUGUCAGACAACCAACCACCAGCAAAGAGGCCUCGCGUUUCUCCAUCUCCUCGCCCUAGAUCUCAGGGCCAGUUGUCCGCCAGUUCGGGUACCGAAUCUGUUGUCGGUUCCAUCUCUUCGCCGUCAGUCGUCUCCGACUUCUCUUGGGACUUGGACCCUUAUCAAUUGAACCGCAGUCUGACAUGGGACUAUGUGAACAAGUAUUUCGAGCACGUUGAUGGCGUAACGUAUCAUAUCCUCCCCAAAGAAUUUUUCCGACAAUGGAUCCGUUCCCACCAGACCAAAUCACUGGCGGACAAGAUGUUGCUUUAUGCUAUUCUGGCAAUGGGAACCGUCUUCGCAUCGAGGCAACCACAAUCGAAGCACCACCAAGACGUGUUCCUCGAGAUUGUCAAUAAAGCCAUUAUAAAGAAUGGUGAUAUGUUCAGCCUGCAAUUGAUUCAGACCAAGCUAAUUCUGGGUCUCUUCGCUUUUUCUCAAGGCCAAUACAAUCGUGCAAGUGACCAUUGUGGGUCUGCCCUACGGACCGCGUUGGGCUUGAGAUACCAUACAGAAGAGGGAGUCUCGACCAUCGAGAGUCAGGAUCCACUGGACCUCGGUUUGUCUCAGGAAAUGUUGGUUGAAUGCCGGCGCAGGACGUUCUGGGCUGCCUAUCUGCUGGACAGCUUCAGCCGUUGCUGGUCCGCGUCCGUUACUACUGUUAACCGAUUUGAUUGCCACCUACGCUUACCUUGUGCUGAGGCGGCUUACGAGGCGGGACACGUUCCCUUGGCCCCAUUUAUACUUGAAGCGCCCAAGGAUGACCAAGGUAGUCGGCCCGGUACUCCUCUCGAAUCAUCCGAGGUCGGUUCUUUUGGCCAUCUGGUAGAGAUUGCGGCUAUCUUCAGUGAGGUGAUGAGCACUGUCAACCGAGGAAAAACGCAGUCUCCGGGGAAAGAUCGAUCAACGAUGGGCACCUUCCGUGACGACAUUGGAGCUCGACUUAAGACGUGGGACCACCACAUGAAGAGACAAGCUCGUCAAGAUCAAGACGGACGAGAGAAGGUCAGCGGCUUCUACGUUAUUUAUCACUACACCCUCAUGGUACUGAAUCGGUACAUUGACUAUGCGGAGAUGGAUCGGUCACGGGUUAGCGUAUGUGUAAAGCGUGUCCACGAUCACGCUCGACACACACUCGGGUUGGUACAGAGACUGCGCGAGCACGGCGAUGACAAGCACGACUACUCUCACCAAUUUGUGAUGUUGAGCCCUUUCAGUGGCUUCGCCAUAAUCGCUGCUUUGGAUGUCGUCACAGCCACCGGCCCAGUAUCGACUCUGAUGGGCCAUGAGAGCCAAAUCAUGUCCUUGAUUGGCAGCGUCGUCCCGGUCCUGGAGGGACUCAAGGACCAUUGGCAUAGUGGUCGUCAACAGCAGGAGGUGGCCGAUCGGAGGCUGAGGGCGCUUUUGAGAGUAUCCAGUAAGGCCUUCCAAUUCAACGGAGCAUAUUACUUCGCGCACCCUAUGCAAAGCCGGGUUGACAUGGAUCACGACGUUACCUACGGGCUUUGCCGCAACAGAUAUUUUGAAGCCAUGGGAUGGGAGGAGACUCUCCAUCAUGAUGGAGAGUUCCAACGGCUGGACUAA